AUGUCAGCAUUUAUUAAGACCAUCGGUUACCUGUUAGGUGGUGGAAGUUCCACAGACGACGGUGAUGCAACGACUCAGUCAUCAUGCGUUGAUGAUGUGUUGUGGUUUGAAAUUCUGAAGCGAUUUAAGUACGGGAAGCUUGCGAGUUCCACACUGGUAGUUGGUAUACUGACGUUGCCUGGUUUCCUCGAAGUGAAUCAGCUGGAUUUUAUGUUUUUGGCUAAUGCACAGAAUGCUCACAAAUAUCCAUGUAUGCUUCGAUAUGAUCAUACAUGCCAACUUUUCCGCAAAAUUCUCGUGUCUUCUCGCUUUUGGAUUGAAAAGUGUGAGUACGAUGGUAUCUGUAUACCACCACUUUCUUGGAGAAAGUAUUUACGUCGGAAGGAAUUGGAGGGUUCGAGUGAUCCCGACUCACUGAAAGUACUCCACGUCCUGAACUACAAGAAGGUUUUCUUCCGGCAGCCGUACCAGCGUGACCUAGCACUUGCCUUGCGGAGUUCAUCUACUUUGAAGAGUUUGGAGGAGCAAGGAAUGGUAUUUGAGCAUGGCGGUGAUGGGCAGGAUUGUGGCGCCACUUACGAGCUUCAUUUGCAGUUACUUAGAAGGGAAGAACACUUCAAUGCAAAUGUCCAUUUACCACGCUUUCGUACUGUUGUCAGGUCAUGGGACCAGUGGGAAGGAGGCAGAUUGUGGGAGACUGUUGAAGAAGUUUUUAUGGACUAUCCCAUUGGUAUGCGUAAGCUGGCUAUCAUGAGCCGUGGAAAGGAUAACCAAUUUUGGGCUGGGCACUACGGUUCGAAAUUUGGUGCAACAGAAGUGUUGCUCAGUUUUCCGGAAAAUCCUCGAUUAUUAUCAGCGGAAGAUUUUCCUGAUGGAGAAAAAAUUGUUACAAAUGCAAUUCCCACCCGCCAUCCUUUACAUUCUUUGCGCGUUCCUGUUGCUCUGAGAGGUCGAUUUCCAGCUCGCAGACAUGUCUAA